GUCGGCAGCAAGAGGCUCAUCUCUUUUUUACUUGAACUUUAAUUCAAGUCAUUUUCAAUUCUUAAAAAAUAAAUUGUUCUUAAAAACUUAAUACAUUAGCUUAUUAAAAACUACAAUAAAAAUUAAUUCUUUAUUAUUUCAAGCACUUUGAGCUUAAAAGGCUAUUAAUACAUACAUAAUGGACUCGAAGAAAAUACAAAAUCGUUGCGCAGUCUGUAACGAGAGUGAAAAUUUAAAAAUCUGCUCAUCAUGUGAGGAAGUGUCUUAUUGUUCGGCAGAACAUCAAAAAAAGCACUGGAAAGUCCACAAAUCAAAUUGCAAGGCUUAUAAAAUUUCAACAAACGAAAAACUUGGCAGAUUUAUCGAAGCAUCACGUGGCAUUCGUGCCGGGACAGUAAUAUUAACCGAAAAUCCACUUGUCAUUGGACCUGAUUGGAGCUAUGAUCUCUUCACAACAAACAGCACGUUCAAUUGCGUUGGAUGUUUUGAGCCCAUAAGAAUGCUUACUCAUCGUUGUCCAUCGUGCAAAUGGCCCUGCUGUAAACAUGAUUGUAUAGGCUUAAAUAAUCCCAAAUUACACGACAUCGAAUGCUCAUUCCUGAAAAGUGGAUUAGGCGUACAAUGCGAUAGUGAUUAUAGUGCCAUAAGAGAUUACUUUCGUACAGAUGUUCUUUUUGCAAUGAAAUGCUUACUGCUCAAGAUACGUCAUCCCAAAAAGUUUGAACAGUUGAUACAGUUGGAAGGGCAUGUUGAAGACCGUAAAGAUACGCUGAAUUUUGUUGAAUCCAGCAAGCAGAUUGAUUACUUGGAGAGAAAUUUCCUAAAACCAACAAAAGACGAUGCGGAAAAGUUGGACAAACUUUCACUACCGCUUAAAGAUCGUGAAACUUUACAAAAAAUUUAUGGCAUCAUUGAAACUAAUGCUGUGUAUCUUACAGCAAAUAAUGAAGUAGCAGGUUUAUACGCCAUCGGAUGUAUCGUAGAACAUUCAUGUGUGCCAAACUGUCACUUUUUAUUUGAUAAAAGAAAUGGAUUCAAGCUGACGGUGCGUGCAGCACGUGACAUAAAGAAAGGUGAACAUAUCGCAACCUGUUAUAGUAACAUUAUGUGGGGUACACUAAUGCGACAACAACAAUUAAGAAAUAUGAAAUACUUUACAUGCUCCUGUGCAAGAUGUUCCGAUCCGACCGAGUUAGGUUCUCAUCUGUCAUCAUUAAGAUGCAUUGGAUUGGACGGAGUUGAAUGCAAUGGCAUUCAAGUUCCAAUGAAUCCACUCUAUGGUGAGUUGAGUGAAUGGGCAUGUGAAAAAUGUCCAGCACGUAUAAAUGGCGAAGAGAUAGCAGAUUUAUUGGUUAAAAUGACUGAUGAAGUUGAUCAUACGAUGGAAAGAGAAGCAACUGUUCCAGCUAUUGAGACACUCAUGGAUAAACUUUCAAUGUUUCUACAUCCAAAUCAUUAUCACAUGUUCACAUUGAAACAUACACUAAUUCAAUUGUAUGGCAAUCAUCGUGAUUAUGCUAUUGAGACAAUAGAUGAGAAGUUUCUCAAGCGAAAAUUACACUUCUGUGACGAUUUACUUCAAAUUGUUAUGCUAUUAGAUCCAUAUAAUAUUCGAUUGGCCAUUUACACGGCUGUUAUAUUAUAUGAAAAAUUUAAUGCGAUUGUGGAAAUGCAUAGACGUCAGCUGAAUAAUAUCCCACAGACUAUAAUGGAUGCUAUCAAGUGUCUCGAGCGAGCUGAAAUGAUUUUAAUAAAUGAACUCGACACAGUGCAUGGAAAACAAUUGAAUAGGAAAAUAUGUGAGGCAUUAGGACAGUUUAGGAGCAUGAGGAAAUAAUGCGAGGAUGAAUUUUUUAUGGUCAUGGAAAAAAGUUUCUUCUUUUUUUUAUUUUCAUUGUAAUGACGAGCUGUGUGUGGUUCUAAUUUUAGAUUAAAUGCUUUUGAUGUAGCUGCUCAAAUGAAUUAUUGAUUCUAACUUGAGUCAUUGCUUUAAAUUUUAUUCAAAUGUAAGUCAUUGCUUUAAACUUAACUCAAAAAUGAGUCGUUACUUUAAAUUUGAAUAAAAAAUGAGUUGCUGCUUUUAAAUUUUAAAUCAAAAGUGAGUUGUUG